CAAUUAAGGACAUGUGCAUACACCGGACACAGUUAUCUCCCGAAUUUUAUACUUACCGCCCGGCACAGGUCGUACUCCGUAGUCUGGGAUCUUUGGUGUUGUGCAUGGAAUUGAAUAAAAGGUAAAAAACAGCUUCAAUUGAGAAAUAGUGACUUGUCCCACCCUAGUCCUAAUCGGGCACAAGCCCCUCCUCCCUUGCUCCCCACCUCUGCCUUUGCCAAAAUCCCAGGCAUCAUGUAGCAUCACAUCACGCACCGCAAGCUUCAAUAGCAAAAGCUCUCCGCCCCAAAGCUCGACCAAUCCGUUCCCCCUGUCGCCCCGGGAAAACAACGCAGAGGAACAGCAAGCCAAUGCGCAGCAGCCAUCAUGUCCGAUAGACCUUCGCACAGAGGCGGCCGCGGCGGUGACCGAGGCAACUAUCGAGGCCGCGGAGGAGGUGCCGGUGGUGGCCGUGGAGGCGCUUCCGCUGCCCAGGGCGAGAGGCCCAAGAAGGAGAACAUUUUGGACCUGGCCAAGUACAUGGACAAGGAGAUUACCGUCAAGUUUAACGGCGGCCGCGAAGUCCGUGGUACUCUCAAAGGCUACGAUGCCCUCAUGAACCUCGUCCUUGACGAAGUGCAGGAAACCCUCCGAGACGAAGAAGGCAACGAAUCAUCCCGACCCCUUGGCCUUGUCGUCGUCCGCGGCACACUCCUCGUCCUCAUCAGCCCCGCCGACGGUAGCGAAGAAAUCGCCAAUCCCUUUGCUCAACCUGAAGAGGAUUAAGGGAAGGAACCGGAUAAGCCCCCCGCUGUCAAAAAGAGCAAAAGGAAGACGAAGAUUAAAGCAACGAUAUGCUACCUUGGAAACAAUAAUUCUGCAGUAUAAAAAAAACGAUAUAAAUGAAGGGGAAAAAACA